AUGACUAUCACGCAGAGCUGGAACCAGUUAGCAAACGGUAAACCAGCCCGGCCUGGCCUGUCUGAAAGUGUAACUGGACCGGUCCAGCCGGUAAACUGAUCGGUUGAAUUAUAACUCAAACCAGUGAAAAGCCGGUAAAAUACCAGCGAAAACCUGGAAAAGUAUUGUGCAAAUCGAUUUUUAGUAAGAGUUUCCCGUAGAAAUGCAACAGAGAACCUUCAAAAUAAGGAGACUAUAAUAUUUAACUUAAAACAAGUGGUGGAAAUAAUGUGUCUUGAGCUUCCCUAUGGGAAAAUUUAGUGACGACGUGUACACC